AUGUCUUUCAGUCAUCUUGAACAGAUCGCAGCCGUCUCCGAAAGCAUACUACAGCGUUGUGCUUGUCCGCCGUCCGCCCGGCCAUUGACUCUCGUGGGUCUGAAACCAAACCUUCAUAUCCCAGAAGAGCGCUGGUUCAUACCCAGCCAGGAAAACGCAACGAUCAUCGCAGAUCGGUCUUUGUUUCGGGCCAUCUCCUUGGACAUUCAAGAUCAUCUGACGACUAAACGUGACGAGUUCUUCGCCAGAUACGAUGCAACAGUACAUGGAUUAGUCUCUGCUGAGCUUUAUGGUGGUCUGAGCGACAAGCAGAUGGAAAUGGAUCUUUGCGGACUCUUCGAAAAUAAGUUUAGUAGGUAUUGCUCUCAAGUAAGGCAGACUUUACGCAGUACAAUCCACCGAGUGGAUGCUAAGGGUACCGCACAGCAUGAUAUCAAGAAAAGAGUAGCGUCUUUUACAGAUCAAACAAUCAAGAUCCUUGAAGCUGCCUACUCUCGCACCAAGAUUCUCUCAGCCGCCGAGACCGCUAUAAUAGCAAAGGCAGCUGGGAUAACACCUCAUCAAGUACGAACCUGGUUCCAGAACAAACGUAAUCGAGGAUCAAAACGAAACCCAUCCUCAUCAGCCAAUCGACCCAUCCAGACCCUACCCAAACGGGCUCAGCAGAUCAAACUUGAAACUUCCCCUUUCUCCUCUUCACUGGUACCCAUCAAACGACAAGUCCGAGGUCUACCAAAGAGAGCUCAAGCUCAAGUAUCCCACAAUGCGCCUAACAGCUCCAUCCUUGGCUCAUCACUCGGCAACUUGCCCUUCUCCGAUGAAUCACCAUCUAUCGGUCAUGGUCAACCCUCACAUUUGGAAAAUGGAAAUGGGGAACGGAUGAACAGAUCACCGUCCUUGACAUCGACCAUAUCCAAUUCAAGCGAGAUUUCAAAUGGUGGAUUUGUUUCUCCUUUCGAUGCUCAGAACAUCCCUCAGAUAGCUAUAGAAUGGGGUACGGGUAUAUUGAACGUCCCGGUAGAUGUGUUGGAAGGUGGAAGGUUACCAAUAUUCAACUUCACUCCUCCUUCGCCGCUCAAUCUCAAUUUCAAUCCGGUGUUCAACCCUGAUUCAAACUCUUUCUCCAAUGAUAUGAAAAGUAUGUUCGGUGGACAAGUCUAUGACACACCGACAUCCACUUUAUCAUCGUUCAAUCCGUUCGCUCAACAACCGAACCUCGACUCAGCGGCAGGAUUAGAAUCGAUCGAAUCCCUUCUCUCAUCAGCUUUGUCAGACCCAUCCUCAUUCGAGCAAUUCUCCACUCUUGCUGCCUCGCCUCAGAUUUCGAUUGAUUCCCUCUCGCCUACAUCAGAUACCCUGGAAUCUAUUCCAUCGAUCGUUUCUGCUUCCGGAUCCAAUAUCGGUAGUCCAUCUUGGUUAGCUGGAAAUGGUGAAGAAGGUUUAGAUGGCGGGUUCUUCGAAGCAUUGGAAGGAUUGUUAGCUUCCCAGAAUAACAGUGAAGGUGCAUUGGGGAGUCCAUUUAGCGAGAGUGUAUACGGUGGAAAUACGGAAAGAAAAGCUUCGACUUCGAGUCAAGUCAGUGGGAUCAUCUCAGCUGAAGAAGGGAUUGAUCUUUCUUAUAUCGCUGGUAUACCAUUACCUUCUUCACCUACAAACGAAUCAUUCGAUUUGGCAGAAUUUGACGUUAUCGCUGGACCGUCGUUCUCUCAUAACAAACAGAUUACAUUCACCAACGAUACUGCCUCAUCCUCAUUCACCGAAAACGACUUCCUCACCCGACCUCCUUCUGGCAUGUGCACACCUCCGUCAACCACAUCUGUCUACCCACUCAUCACUCCCACCAACACAUCAGAAUCCAAUCAAGAAUCGCUAGUGGAGAUUGAUCAGAGCCAAUGGAGCUGGAUGAGCGGAGUAUUACCCUUUGAUAUGGUGGGUAUGGAGGUUGAGAUGAUGGAACUCGGGAAUGAUACCAAGGUCAAUGGAGAGGAAGGUUGGUUGAUGGAUUCUAGUAACGGUGAAGAGAUGAUGGCUUUAUAA